AUGCCAUCAUCAGUGUCAUCUUAUGGGUCAAGUUCUCGACCUAAGAACCAUUUAUGUGACUUCCCAGGUUGUGACAAGGCUUAUAGUAAACCAUCACUACUAGAGCAACACAAAAGGACCCAUACGGGGGAGAGACCAUUCCAAUGCACCGCCUGUGAUAAAAGUUUCCUUAGAAAGUCUCAUCUUCAAGCUCAUGAAAUCUCCCAUCAAAACCCCGAUUCCAAACCGUUCCAUUGUUCUAUAUGCGGUAAAGGUGUCAAUACCGCCCAACACUUGAAACGUCAUGAGAUAACCCACGAGAAAUCGUUCAAAUGUACUCAUCCUGGUUGUGAUGAGGCUUUCUACAAGCAUCAAACCUUAAGACAUCAUGUACUUUCAGUCCACGAGAGAGCCCUUACGUGCCAUAAGUGUAAUAAGACUUUCACCAGACCUUACAGAUUGGCUCAACAUAACUUAAAGUACCAUAGUGAAACUCCCACCUAUCAUUGUGACAGUAAAGGAUGUUUCAAGAACUUCAAAACCUGGUCAGCCCUCCAACUUCAUGUCAAGAAUGAUCAUCCCAAGAUAAGAUGUAAGGUUUGUGGUAAAGGAUGUGUGGGAACUCAUGGAUUGAUGAGUCACAUGAUCACUCAUGAUGAAACCAAGAAGGUUAAACUAUGGAAUUGUGAAUAUUGUAAUGGGAACUUCGUCAAAAAGUUGGAAUUAAUAGACCAUUACAACCAAUUCCAUGAUGGUAAUGUUCCUGAAGAUAUAGUGAAGCCAGAAGUAGGCGAGACUGUUGAAAAAGUAGAAUUUAAGAUGUUUGAUCAACCAGAAGAAGUGGUUGAGGAUAUUGAGGUCAAUUCCAAUGUAGCUCAAUCCUUAAAGUCUUUGAAUGAGGCCCUAGAUCUGGGGAAAAGUAUCUUCGAUAUUCUUCUGGGUGACACAAAGACUAUCCCUUGUCCUGUGAAAUCAUGUGAUAGGAAGUUUACUAGAGAUCAUAACUUGAAAUUACAUCUUAAGACCCAUCAGGAGACUUAUAGGAAAGUUCUGGACUUCUUGGCUACUUUAAACGAUAAUGAUAACGAUAAUGAUAACGAUAACGAUUAUAAGGGAGAAGAAGAGAUUAAUCAGAUGAUAGAUAAAGAACUAAAUAGUUAUAAUGUAUAUUAA